GUUUGCGAUGAAAGUGUGGUAACAGUAGAGGUAUUAGUGAACAACAAAUGCCCGCAUUAUUCAUAUAAUGAAUCACUGGAUCCGUUGAAUGAAUCACUGGAUCCGUUGAAUGAAUCACUGGAUCCGUUAUAUUGAACCGACGAUGAAAGGCACUGAAGCAGCGAUGGACACGUUUGCGGACGUAUCGCACAAUUACCUCAACUCGCAGACCAUUCAGACAUAUCUGCAUAGUCUGAGUGGUCAGGAGAAGAGGUUCAGUGUGAUAGACGCCGACCACAACUACGCUAAGCCCUGGAACCGUCAUCCGGACGCUCAGAUCAGAGCCAAAGCCGCCAAAUUCCUCUUCAUGAAGAACUUCCCCAAACACUUCGCCCGAAGAUAUGCUUAUAAUGACCACAUGGUUGACGUGGACGUCGAGACAGUCGACGCCUAUAAGUCGCUGCCAUUCCUCGGAGGUCCGGGUGUGGAGUCGGCGUCGACUAAGGCCCAGACACUGACCACCGCUGACCUCAACAGCAAUGAGUUGACGACACCCACGAAGACUGGAUGGACGACACAAAUGAAUAAGUUGUGGACGAAAGCGACGAAAAUCCUGCACUCGGAUCGUCUCUCGAGACUGUCGUACGACUCGCUGCCAAACGAAGUGAUUUUGAAGAAGAAUCUGAUGGAGAGGACGACCACUAGGUUUCGACAUCUGUUCGCCAGCACCGGGUGGGACGUCAGCCAAAUCUCGUGGCUUAACACCACUCUCAACGAAUACGUGGGACCAGUAUUUCUGGCCGCGUAUCACGAGGCGAUGCAUAUCUUGAGGGCAAAGAUUCCGACAUUAAUUGACAAGUUUUACAUGCCUUCCAAAUAUGACUCCUCCAACCGAUUCAAACCACAGACCUGUGAUGCCAUUCAGACAAUGCUUAACAGCUAUAAACCCAAACGGAUUAACGGAAGUCCACUCUUCCUGAUUGUACCGAAUGGGCCGCAAAUACCCCAUCAGAUGACAUCUCAGCGCAUGAAACACUGGCACAACCUCUUCGGCGCGUUAGGAAAAGUCAUAACAAUCAGUGCAGUCUCGAGACCAUACGAAUCGGUUCUGGAUUUCUUGAGUGAAAUCCGAUAUUCAGUUCGCGACAAAAUCAAAGAAUGUAAGACUACUUUCAAUGAGGGCCGACCUCUGGUUUUGGUAGGCUUUGGACACUCAUCUCUGGUCGCGGCCCACUGUGCUCUCGACAACGCCUCCAACGUGAACGCAACCAUUUGUUUAGGGUUUCCAUUGACAGCCAUCAAUGGAUUCCGAGGAGAUUUAGACGACCCUUUGUUGGACACAUCUGUGGCCACACUUUUCGUGAUCGGCCAGAACUCAACGAUGGCUACACUCGACGAUAUGGAGGACUUUCGGGAACGCAUUACUAAAACCGAAACGGGUUUAGUAGUGGUCGGCGGGGCUAACGAUCGACUCUUUGUGUCGAGCAAUAAGAAGAAGUUCGAAGGAAUAACACAAGCGAUGGUCGACCGGUGUAUUGCCGAUGAAAUCUACGAGUUUGUCAGUAGUGUCUUGAAUCCCAGCUCCACCUCAUUCCCGAGCACUCCUUCGCGAGCCUCGCCCUCGAAGAGCACUCAACAGAAGAGUAUAUCUUUCGGAGUGACAGCUAUUCCUAAACCUAAGCGCAAACGUCCCUCAGCUCGAGAUAAAGAUAAAGACAGCACAUCGAAGGGUAGACCCCGUGGGGGACAGAAGAAGGUUAAGACAGAGGCGCCCAAAACUCUACCCCAACCUCUAUCGAGUUCAACCGUUACGCCUGAUUCCAAACUACCUGAGCCCGUAGUCUCUAUCAAACCUGUUUUGCCACCAAAACUAGCAGAACAGUCGACUCCCAAACAACAGACACCAACCGAACCGAUGCCACCCAUUGUAUCCACAAUACACUCGACAGCAGAAAAGACACCGAAACCAAAGGCUGAAGACAUGACAACUCCAGAGUCGACGACAACCCUUUCGCAAACAUCCAGUGACACCAUUACGACCCCAAAGACGGAACGCCAUUAUGGACUCAGUUAUGGAAUCUCUGAAAUGCCGACUGUUAUCAGUCAGAGCGCCACCAGAACUGGCCGCCAGAUCCGAGCGCCCAAAUCGCUGGACGUCUAA